CUUGAUCGAAACUUUUUUCUUAUACAACGCCGUAUUAGAUUCUAGAGGAUAGCCGCUGAUGUUCCAUGGCGGUCGUUGCGAGAAUACAAGAUUAUGGCUCAAGAACAAAGCCGUUUCUCGGUGGGUGGAGGAAUAUCGUUACUGGCUUGAUCUAUCACAAUGCAUGCACGCAGACAUGCAGCGACGAAAUGAAGAGUAAGAUCACACAGACUGUGACCCUCGUGGAUACGGUCACUGAUGUCGUUCACGAUCAAGCGAUACAGGUGGAAACGAUACAGUUUUUACCCGACACACGUGACAGAAUUAUCACGUCUGGAAUUUCUUCCUCUAGAAUGCCGGCGUCGAUCGAACAAGUUAAGCCAUUAUCUUGUCAGGAUAAUAGUAAAAUUCUUGACAGCGUUGUUAAAAUACAGAAAUGUUACAGGGCUUAUCGAGCUAGAGUGGCGGCUAGAGCGAACGCUCUCGAGGUGGUUGAUGUUUCUCAAUAUGAUGAGGCAAACGUGAUCGAGCACUCGGGAUGUCCUCAGGUGCUGUCCACUUACAGCAGCACGGAUUUUGUAAUAUUGAAUCGCUGCCCGCUACGUACGAACUCGGACUUCGAGUCGCUCUACAAUCUUCUCGACCGUUGGCGAAUCCUCGAGACCGAGCGAGCAAGUUUCACGCUUCUUGGGUCGGCGAGGGUCGCCGCCUGUGGCCUAAUCCUAUCAAAGGAGGUAGAGCUGUUGCGCGCCAUAGACUCUAUGAAGACUGCUGUCCGUCUCAAGUGCAGAGAACAGAAGCGAUACAAAUUCUUAGAUGAGCUAUCUAGACCGGUCUCUUGGCAGGAUAGUCGAGGCCGACCGAUUCUGGUGGACACCCUGCGCGUUCAGCGAGCUCGUCAGCAUAGAAACGUUUACGCCUCCCUGGCCAGCAAAAACUUGUCUACCCCAGAACGAAUCAACUUAUUACACGACUUGAAAUAUAUUGCCGAUAUGCACACAUGCAGUCAAUCGCAUGAGCUCGUUUAUUUGGUUGAUCAAGAGUUGGACCUCUUAACGUGUCGAGUGGAUACGAGUAGACUCAAUUGGCUCAGAAAUCGACUGAAGCUGAGCUUCCUCAAGUUGGCACGCAAUGUUCUACAAGGUGACAUUGAAGAAGACAUGCAUCUGUUCGACUGGUCGGACACCAGCAUCACGCGACUCUGUAGGACGUGUGGUCGACUCUUAUCCUUGGAAAAGUUUCCCCGCGAACGGCGAUUGCGCUCUUCUUCUUGUAUCUAUUGCAUAUCCAUGCAAACUCGGAAGGGUCCUCGCAUUGUGUAUGAGCCUUACGAGAGGAUGUUAUGGGAAAUCAGACGUUUCGAAGCCAGGAUGGGCUGCUAUGGCAGUCUGGCAUUCGUGCUCGGAGCCAAGGUCAUCUAUCGCCUGGUGAACAAAGUCUGGCAUGGUAGAUCGGGCAUCUCCGAGUGCGACGACCUCAGCGAGCUAAGGCUGACUCGCUUUCGACGCGAGCUCGAAUGGGCACCAUGGAAUUCUUUAUUAUUGACGAAAACCGAGGUCGCAAUUCAUCACGGGAUUACUGAUAUUGAGAGUUUCUAUGAUUCAUCGCUUCUUCAAAAAUUUUGCAUGAAGAAUCUUCAGGCGAAAAUACUUUUCGAAUCAAUCUCUCCAGCGCGGAGAAACAUUGUGACGCCGUCCUCUACAGAAGAUCAAUAAUUGAGUUCCUUUUUUACUUAAUAAAUGUAAGACACAGCAAAAUAGAAUGAAUUUUAGAUUUUAGUAAGAAAUAAUUCGUAGACGAUCUCAAUUUUAAUUUUACUCAUUGUCAGGUAUAUAAGUAUCAUUGAUAUUUUUUUUUAACCGGAAAUCGAUCGAGAAAAUAAAAAUGCACGCAAAUAAAUCAUUUUCGCAAAAACUAAAAAUUUUAUUGUAUAUCUCAAUUAUGUUGCAAAAAUUGAAAUAUCGGGUUAUCAAAUUUUUUCAAAUAUAUUUUUUUAGAUUUUUCAACAAUUUUUGGAAUUGGUCUGUAAACAAACAACACAUUUUUUAAAAAAAUAGUGCAAAAUGCCCUAAUAAGAAGUAGAUAAAAAUUCACCAUUUUCAUCCCUUUGCAGCUUUGUUAAAAAAAUUAAAAUAUUGUAUCGUUAAAAAUUUUUACGGUUUCAAAUAUUAUUUUUAGAAUUUUCAAGAAUUUUUCAAAUCAAUUUAUAAACAAAAGAUGCAAUUUAAAAAAAAAUGUUAAUUUGGGAUUUUUUGUGAUUUUAGAUAUUUCCUUUGUUUUUAAAUUCGUAUAUCGGAACUCCUUAAUUUUAUUCUAUCAGGCCUGUUUCUUGAUCAAUUUUCCAUUGAUUGAAAAAAAAUUAAUUGAAAUAGUUUAAUUUUUGCUAAAAUUAUAAUAAAAAAUAUAGAUAGGAUUCCUAGGACUCCAGUGUGUGCUUAACGUAUAAAAAAAAGAGAGUGGUGUACAUGGAGGAUUAAUACAGACAAGCUCCAAUCUUUCUGAUGUUAAGAAAGAUAAGAAUUUGUUGGAUUUUCCACUUAUGAUUCGCGCAAUUUUUACCCGUAGCUCGACUACAUUUGUUCUUUACAAUUGUAGUAUAGCAUGUGUUUCUACGAUUGUAGGAGAGAAAUUUCACAAGUUGAAGCCCCGUUCUAAGCCAAUUACCAAGUUGUAGAGAUUCGCGCCCGCCUCCGGAUGUCGGCCGUUCGUCCUGGCGGAAGUUGGGUGUUGUGGAAAUAUGUUGAGCUCGCAUUAUAGCUGGGACAUCGCCGUUGCUUCUCGGGUUUUCUCGCGUCGCCUUCGAGGCAGAAUGUCCUGGGCACGUUGAUAGUGCCAGUUAAUCGCGUUGCAGUUUAUGAGCUAAGUUUCUAAGAAAAGAAAAGCGCAAAGACGCGCCACCGAUUUAAAUGCUGUCCACGCGCUUGAUGAUUUCAGUGUAACACGUAUUUCUCGUUUCUCAUUUCUCUUCUAUCUUCUAUAAGAUUAUAAUUUUUUAUCAGAAAAUUAUCGCGAAUUUUUUCAGUGAAUAUGAUUGCUUUAUAUUGUUAGCGAAAAAGUAGCAUUAAAGAAUAAAAACAUUUAUUUACAUUGAAAAGAGAUAAUGUAACACGUAAUAAAAUAUUACGUCAACAUAUUAGGAUUGUAAAGAAAGUAACUAGACAAAACAAAAAUAAACAAAUUGUAUAAUAAUCGUUAUGUAUUUAUUAUAUUUAAAAAUUUUACAAUAAAUAUAAAUUACUUAUUGUAUUUUCAUUGUAUAUAUGAUUGUUCUUGCAUAA